GACCUUUCGUAGUGGACUUUUAUUUUGACGUAUUUCAGCUUGACGGUUAACCUAGCUGGCUUCACGUUCGCGCAGCUAAAAUAACUUCAUAUAACAUAAUAAAAAGCACAACCGUCUUUUCAUUUAUCUAAUUUCGCUAAAUUAAAAUGUCUUUCCCACCUGGAUCCAUAAUUGCGUCGGACUGGCACCGAUGUCCAGACAGCAGAGAGUUUUUCAGCAGAAUACUGCAUAAUAAGAAACGGAGAAAGUUUGGGCUCUUAGAAGCACCAAUGAUGCCUCCUCAUAUGAAUGUGGACAUGGUUUGCUACAAGGUCUUCAUCUCAGGUAAACCUGGAGUCGGGGAAAGCGCUCUUGGUGCCCGUCUCGCUGGCCUCGAACUCCCCAAAAUGCACUAUGAGACCACAGUCCUGUAAGGAACAGGUGGAUGCAGUCCUUUUCCUGUUCUCCUUCACUGAUCGUGGCUCCUUUGAUGAUCUUUCAAAUCAGAUAUCACGGAUCACAGAAUCUUCAGAUCGAGUGGUUAAACUGGUCGUUGGCACCAAGCAUCCUUCACCAGUUAACAACAUUUAGUUCACAUUUAUAUUCA